AUGGUCAAUUACACAGCGGACCUGUCCACUGGGGGCAUGGCGACAGACUGGGACGGGGGAAGUUUGGCGUCGACGACCCAGAAACCUUUCGAUAACGUUCCCAAGAACCAGUCGGUGAACAUGUAUCUCCUCAUCUGUAUAUACGUGAUCAUCUUCCUACUCGCCGUUAUCGGCAACAUCCUCGUCAUCGUCACGCUCGUCCAGAACAAACGCAUGCGCACUGUGACAAACAUAUUCUUGUUGAGCCUCUCGGUCAGUGACCUAUUAUUCGCGAUUCUUUGCAUGCCGUUCACUCUUGUUGGAAACAUUCUACAGAGGUUUAUAUUCGGGGAAGGAAUUUGCAAGAUCAUGCCAUAUUUUCAAGGUGCAUCUGUUGCAGUCUCGGUAUGGACUAUGUGUGCCAUCUCGCUGGAGCGAUACCACGCUAUCUGCAACCCACUGGCUUCCCGGGCCUGGCAGACCAAGACUAGGGCAUGCAAGAUUAUUGUAGCUGUGUGGCUCAUGUCGUUCUUAGUCUUACUCCCAUUCGCCAUCUACACGGAACACGAGCAGAUAGGCCAGUCCAAGUACUACAAGUGCCGAGAAAGGUUCCCCUCUGCCCUCUUUCAUAAACUUUACAUCACAUGCAUCUUCAUGGCCUUGAUGUUUAUACCACUGUUUAUGAUGUGUAUCGCCUAUGCCUUAAUCAUCAGAGAACUAUGGCGUGGCAUGCACUAUGAGAAGAGAAAUACAAGAAGAGAAAAGGAAGAAAACGGAACACCCCUCAAUGACCUUAGCUCCAAGAAGAAGAAAGGUCGAAAGUCAUCAAUAGACGACAGUAGCGCCACGGAGAGCUUCCUGCGGAAAUCCCGCGGUACGGGCGCGUCUUCAAAACGAGGGGAGAGCGCGCACGCAACGCCGAGGAGUACGUCAUCGAACACGGCGAAGAAACGCGUUGUUAAGAUGCUCCUCGUCCUCGUCAUACUCUUCUUCGUGUGCUGGACACCAACAUGGAGUAUGAACAUCUGGGCGACCUAUGACCCCAAAACGGCUUACUCAUCUGUUACAACUCUACAGAUUACACUGAUACGUCUACUGAUGUACACUUCGGCCUGUGUGAACCCAAUCGUCUAUUGCUUUAUGAAUAAGAAAUUCCGGCAGGGCUUCAUCGAGGCAUUUGGUUGUUGCUGCUGCUUCGUGGGCAAGAAGACAGACACCACGUCAUUACCCAGCCAGACGAGUGUCAGACGGCAUCCCAUAACACGCCCUCAUUCGACGAACUAUACUAAUAGAUGGCCGGGGAGAUCUGCUCUACGACUAAUCGUUCAUUCGCAACAAUUCAACAAAAUUACCACUCCGGGCCUGGUGAGGGCAGUAUAACGAUUUGAGUAGGAUAAACAUUGAUCCCCAGGCGUUUGUUGAUUUUUUUAAUACUUGAAGAUAUUAUACAAGCUCACUAAGGUGAUUAAAAAGUAUCGAUUAGUGAUAUCGAUUACAAUUAACCAAACCGGUAAUACGAAACGCCAUGUUACAUAUUUAUAGCAGAAAAUCAUAAUGAAAUUAAAAAAAACAAAAAAACGUUUAAAUGAAACCAAGCUUUUGGAGAUCUGAAAUUCUGACAGGAAUAUAUUACAUUUCGUCCAUCCAUUUUAACAACAGGGUGCACUGAAAAUAUUAUGAUGAAAUAUUGUCUGUAAAAUAGAUUGAAAUUAGUUGAAUAUACAUGUAAAAUUAUAUGGAACGUAUGUAGCAAGUUAUCAAAAAGGUGGUUUAUAAUGUCAUUUUUUCGAUUAUUUUUCUAACUUCCUCACUCUUCGAGAAAAUUACAAUAUAGUUUCUUUUACUGAUGCUGAAUGAUUGUCUAUAAUUUUUGAGUUAAAGAUAAAUUAAUGAAAAUAUUUUUAGCGAAAAAUCUAAAGAAGAUGAUGUCACAUCCUAUCUUAUUAGACCGCAGUGUAGGGUUUAUGUAAUUCAACAUUUACAACUAUUCUUCAUAAGUUUUUGCAGCUCUUCUUAUAAAAUUGUGAUAGCAGUGAAUUUACUUAAAAGUCUUUAAAAAUGCGUUAGAAUGCAUUUGUAUAUCUGAAUGUUGUCGAUGGACACAGGCAAAGAGCAAAGUGUUAUGGGAGAACAAUCAGUCUGGCAUGGGGUCGAUGUUAAUUCAUUAUUUCACACAAAUUCAUUAUACAAUGACCUGCCUUAAAUUAGUAUUCGUUAUGAUAACGAUGAUAAGUGAUACUGGGUCAGGGUGAAAUCAGUAUUUUUAUAGUAAUGAAUGAUAGACAGAUAUUGCAUUUCACCGAAUUGAAAAUGUUUAUUAUAUUUAUUUGUUUGCAUACAAACAUGCGUCACACAAUGUCAGUAAUGAGAUCGUGGCGUUGUGGCAUAUUUUCGCAUCACGUCCAUAAUCUUAGCAUAAAAGUUACCUUCAUUCACAAGCUACAAUUCCAUUCAAUGCACUUCGCUCCGCUGCAAAUUUGAUAAACGUGUGUGUUGUUGAAAGGCAAAGAAAUGUAUAUUCUUUUAUAAAUUGAUUAUUUUUUCUUUCGAUUCUUGACCAAGUAUUCAAAUAAUAACGUCAAUUCGUUGACAUUACACAUGUUUGACUGACAAGUACGUUAAACGUUAAAAAUAUUGCUUUAAAUUUGGACGUAAUUAGCGUGAUUUAUAGACAACGAUUUUAUGACCUUUAUUUCUUUAAUAAAACUUUUUUGUUGAGGGAGAAAAUCUUGAUUCUUUAAUCACUUUAAGUGUAUAUCUCUUUAGAUUAAUGUGUUGAGUUUCCUAAAGCUUUUGAAGUGAAAAAGAUGUAUGGGAAGUAGUGUGGUUAUUUAUCGGUAAAUACAGAAAGUUAACAGUGUAGUUCUUAAGUAAAUGUUGUCAUUGUUGUGUUCUCUCUAUAAUCUUAGAAAAUGCAUUUCCCUUUGUCACAAUUGAAUAAAAGCGACAAUUCUAAUUUCAUUUCAUGUAAAGGAGAACAAAAUAUGACUGCCAACACUUAAUUGCAUAAAAAGCUAACAACUUGUUUGAAGCCACAAUAUCAAUUACAACACUAAAGAUAAUUUGAUUGAAAUGUACAUUCAUCUAGGAUUUUUUAAUUGUGAUAAAUAACUAACAGUUAAAAGUAAGUUGAAGUUCACAAUUUCAUCAUACUCAAUACAUUGAGGACUGCAUGAGGAGCCAAAAGUAUACAAAUGAAACAAGCAUCACUUUUGACAGAAGGCCCCCAAAAUAAAAAGCUUUGUUUGGUGUUGUAUGAUGAAAUCUAGAGCUACAUAAAUGAACAUUGAAUAAAUUAACCAUGUCAAAUAGAGCAUGGUCAAUUAUUCACCAGGCACUAAAUGGCUUUUCAUCCCAAUUCAGCAGCUGCAAUGCUACACAAUUGCCCCCCUCCCCCCCCCCCCCUCCUUCGGUCAGGUUCUUCUAACACUCGAUUCUUACUCUUUCUUCCUCCUUCGUUUUUGAUGUUUAUUACUUUUUUGUGACUUGAUAUUUUAAAGCGUGUACUUGACAUGACUAUGAUGCUUCACUGAACGUUUUGUAAUAAAAGCUACCUAUCUC